GUUUGAGUCUUGUUUCUUUUUCCCCGUCUCCCUUGUCACUCGACAUCUCCACCCGGGCAGCCCAUUGUCAUGGCCUCAUCGCCAUCCAGCGAUCCACCGCCUCCGACCUCCUCUUCAUCAGGACCUGCAACAGCGCCAAAGAGGGCGACCCCACUCAGCCAUGUGACGAGCAGCCUCUACGAUCCACAGCCCGACCCCUAUCGGUUUUCGGCAGAUGGUCACCAACACCACCACUACCACCACCACCAUGCGCAUCACGGCCAUCGGACCCGCUCUCCCUCCCCACAUCACAACCCGCAUCGCGCCCACAAGCACCAUCCCUUCCCCUACGCCGCCUCGUCCUCGGUUGCGGACCUCUCCCUCGCCGGCCUCACCGACUUGGUCGACUCGCGGUCGGGCUGGUACGAGGAGAAACGAAUGACGGAGGAAGCCAUCGAGGAGCAAUGCAAGGGCAAACCCCGCAAGAUCAAAGCCGCGCUCAGAAGCUACUAUGCCGACUUGAAUUACGUCCUCGAUGGAUGGAGAACCGCAGACGUUAUCCUCGACUCGCAGUUCCCUGCUGAGGUGCUACGUCGCUUUGGGACGAUGCAGGAGGUAGAGGAGGCAUUGGGGAGAGCGGCAAAGUACGAGAAGCAUCCGGGAGUAGGGGUCAGUAGGCGCAUCGAUAUGUUGGGUGGAAGGACGACGAGUCAUACAGGAUUGAUGCAUCUCCUUGCAAAUGGGACGCCGGAAGGCGGGCGCAGUCCGGCUUAUGUCGCGACGAGCAGCGAUGACGAUGAUUCUCCUCGUGCGCCUCAUCGCGCCAGGAGAGGGAGAAGAGCGCAUCGCCCUAGUGUGCUGGGGGAUGAAGAGAGUCACGGAGUUGGGACACGCCGUUUUCCCGAAGGAGAUGUGAGGAACAGCUUUGGCACUCGAGCGGCAAACGCUUUUGGGCUGGGUUGGCUGCGCUACAGUGAAGCGACACCACCGCCUUCUACUCCACCACCUCUUCCACCCUCCUCGCUGAGCAAGAAGUCGUCCACAACAAUCACCCAGCCGCCUCCACUCAAGCCGCAGCGCACAGCGAGCGAGGAUGAGAGUGGCUUCGACUCGGACUCUGAACCGGAGCCGUCCGAGGCGGGACCACGGCCCCGUCAGAGCCAGAAUCAGGGGGAGCGACGCCGCCUCUUGGAGGGUCAGGAGAGGAGGGAAAGGGGCAGGCCGAAGAGCAAGAGUACGGGACAGUAUGGAGGGAUGGGCCAGACGCAGACGCAGACGCAGGCGCAGAAUGGGGGCGGGAAUAGUGUACCGACUCAUGUCGUAGUCAGAGCUACCACGCCUGCUGGAAGGGAGAUCGCUGCCAUCGAGGGGCCAGAAGGGUCCGAGGAGGGCUCCCUCGAUCGACGUCUCAAAGACCAGCAACAGCUCCGCGAUGCCCGCGAUCAAGCCAAAGCCGCCGUCACUGUGGGCGCCAACAAUGCCUCUUCAGCCACGACGCCACCGGAUACCGACGAGGAUCGGGACCAGCUGGCCGACCUACCUGGUGGCCGAAGAGAGCGCGAUCGCCAAGCAUUGCGUAAGGCUGUACCUGGGUGGGAGGAGCGGGAAGAAGGGGAGGAGCGUUCUGUUCAGUUUGCGAUCAACCUCAAUCUGUUGAUCAACAUCCUCCUUCUCCUCGGAAAAGCCGUCGCCGUCCUCUCCUCCAGCUCCGUCUCCCUCCUCGCCUCACUAGUGGACUCGGCCCUCGAUCUCCUCUCCACCAUCAUCAUCUUCGCCGCCUCAAAAUUCGUCGCAUUCAAGAGCACAGCCUCGUACUUCAAGUACCCUCGCGGCAAGAAGAACUUCGAACCCCUAGGCGUAGUCAUCUUCUCGGUACUAAUGAUCGCCUCCUUCUGUCAAGUCCUCGUAGAGUCCUGCGGCAGAUUCUGGACAGUCGUACAGACAGGUCGCGACCCUGAGGCAGGGAAGGAUGGUCAACCUGCCAGUCUACCCUUGUUGGGCGUAGGGUUCAUGCUGGCCACCAUUGGAAUCAAGACGGUCAUGUGGUUGCUGUAUCGUCACUCCCACUCGAGUGGGGUACGCGCUGUUGCCCAGGAUAGUCAGAAUGAUGUUGUGUUCAACAUCUUCUCUCUCACUUUCCCCUUCCUGGGUUCGUGGCUCAAGAUGCCCGCUCUGGACCCUAUUGGUGGGAUAGUCCUUUCGCUUUACAUUAUCAGCGAGUGGCUGGGAACCCUGGUCGAGACGACGACUAAGCUUUCGGGCGCUCGUGCUUCUACGCAGGAAUUGGCGCGCAUCCUCUACUUAGUUGUGCGAUUUAGGAGCGUGCAGUUCGUCAGUAGUUGUGAGGUUUAUCAUACGGGGGACGAUUUGACGGUGGAGAUGGAUAUCAUUCUGCCGGUCAGCAUGCCAUUGAAGGAGGCGCAUGAUUUGGGUGAGAUCACUACUUAUGCUACCGAGAGCCUUCCUUCGGUGAGCCGAUGCUUCACCCACCUCGACUAUUACUUUGGGCCUGCCACACACUUGCGAGGCCCAUUUUGAUCGACACGACGCUUGCUAAGCGACGGACACUCCACUUUUCACG